AUGUGGAGUUCAAGAGCAGCAUUAUCAGAUAUUGGAACAACAAAAAUUCUUCAAAAAGAUCAUACGAAAAAAUUAAAAUUAGUCAAUAGAAAUGAAAAGCAAAAGAAAGGUGUAGUACGAACUCUAUUUUUAAAAAUUGUUCAAUCAUCAAUAUUUACAACAAUUGUUAUGCUUGUUGUACUUGCAAAUGCAAUCUUUACAGCAACAAUCAAGCAUACACAUAAUGAAGAAAUCGAUAAAAGAAAUCUUCAAUUUUAUCAUAAAAUUGAGACAUUAUUUACUUUAUUUUUUGAUUUCGAAGUACUUUUUAAAAUAUUUUCAAUGAAUUUUAAAAAUUAUAUUCGACAAUCUACAUUGAGAUUUGAAUUUAUUCUUGCAAUAGGAACAACAAUUCAUUGUAUUCCAGCAUUUUAUAGAACUGAUUUUACAUAUUUUCAAGUUUUACGUGUUGUUCGUUUACUUAGAUCAAGUCCAUUAUUAGAAGAUUUUAUUCAUAAAAUUUUUGGUCCGGGCAAAAAAAUUGGUAAUUUAAUUUUAUUUACUAUGUGUUUAUUAUUAAUAGCAUCAGCAAUUAGUAUGCAAUUAUUUUGUUUUAUUAAAGAUCUUGAAGAAUUUCAAACAUUUCCUCUAGCAUUUAUGUCUAUGUUUCAUAUUGCUAUGAAUGAUGGUUGGACAGAAGUUAUGUAUUUAGCUAUGGAUAAAAUCUAUAAAUAUGGAAUAUUCUUUUUAUGUCAAACAGCACUUUUCUUUAUUUUUUUUCAUUUAUUAACUAGUUCUUUAAAAUCACGUGAAGCUAGCGCUGAAAUUCAACAAAAAUUACCAUGGCGUUUACGUGUAUUUGAACGUUUUCCUGAUCAUCCACAAAUGAUAGAAUUAUCACACAUACCAGAUGAAUUUAUAAUUCCAAAAAUUCGUGAUAGUUUUAUGCGUCAAUUUGUUAAUCAAGAUCAUAUUUAUUCAUAUCCACCAGAAUUUUCAACAAAUAUAUAUAAUAAAAGGCAUACAAUUAGAAUAUUACAUUUACCAGCAUAUCGAUCAAUAGGUGGAACAAUGAAACGAUCAGCUGUCACCAAUAUUGUCAACAAUGCAAAUAAUCAACGUUUAUUAAGUGGCGAUGCUACUCAAGUACAUAUCGCAACUCUAAAUGAUCAUACAUUGCCAGUAGGUAUACAAGAAAACAAAAUUCAACUUGAUCGAAAAAAUUCCAUGCAUCGUUCAAUUUAUCCACUAAAAUCGGCACAUUAUAUGCGUGAAAAUAAUGAUGGUGGUACAUUAAAUGGACGAAAUCAAGAUGAUUAUGAUAUUAAAAUAUUUCAAUAUCGAAAACAACAAGCUGAAUUAAAACGAAAUCAACAUGAAGAAGAUCUUCGUGAAAAUCAUCUAUAUUUCGAUACACCUUUAUUUACAAUUGGACGUGAAAGUAAUUUUAGAAAAUUUUGUCAAUUUCUUGUUGAAGCUCGUUAUCAUGUUAAUACAAAAGAUCAUCUUGGACAAGAAUUAAAAUUUAGUCGAUAUAAACAAGGACAUAAAUAUCUUGGUUUAGUUACAUAUCUUGAUUGGAUUAUGAUAUUUCUAACAAUUUUAUCAACAGUUAGUAUGUCAUUUGAAACACCUGUUAAUCGAGUUGUUAAAGAACCUUUAUUACAAAUAGCUGAAUAUAUAUUUGUUAUAUCUAUGGGUGUUGAAUUAACAUUAAAAAUUUUUGCACAUGGUCUACUUUUUACACCGAAAGCAUUAAUUCGAGAUAUUGGUGGAAUUUUUGAUGUUGCAGUUUUCUUUGUGGGUCUUAUUUUUCUUUGUUGGUUACCACGAAAUGUUCCGGCAAAUAGUUUUGCACAAUUUCUUAUGCUUCUUCGAACAAUACGGCCUUUGAGAAUUUUUAUUUUGCUACCUGACAUGAGAAAAAUUGUUUAUGAAAUUUGUCGAGGAUUUAAAGAAAUCCUAUUGGUAUCAAUUUUAUUCGUUGUAUUAAUGUUUAUUUUUGCGAUUUAUGGUAUUCAAAUCAUUGGUGGACAAUUAGCACGUUGCAAUGAUAAAGAAUAUUAUGAUAAUAGAGCAUUAUGUCACGGAACAUUUUGGAGAAAACUUUAUGUAUCAAAAAUGAAUAUUGAUGGAGAUGAUCCUGUUAUGUUAGUACCACGUGUAUGGGCAAAUCCACAUAGUUUUAAUUUUGAUUAUAUUGGUAGUGCUAUGUUAGCUCUUUUUGAAGUUCUUUCUCUUGAAGGAUGGCUUGAUAUUCGUGAUAUUAUUAUGGAUCGUAUGGGUCCAAAACAUGCUAUCUUUGUUCAUAUAUUUGUCUUUAUUUGUUCAUUAAUUGGUUUAAAUCUAUUUGUGGGUGUUGUUAUGGCAAAUUAUUCAGAAAAUAAGGGAACAGCUUUAUUAACAGUUGAUCAACGUCGUUGGAUGGAUUUAAAAGGUCGUAUAAAACUUGCACAACCAUUACGUUUACCACCUCGACCAGAAAAUAGCAAAUUUCGUUCAUAUAUGUUUGAUAUAACACAAAAUCAUUUAUUUAAAAAAUUUUCUGCUAUACUUGUUUUACUUAAUUGUGCAUUACUUUACAAACCAUGGAGUGUUAAUGAUAAAACAACACAAAUAUUAGCAUUAAUAUCAUCAUUAUUUACAUUUCUAUUUCUUGUUGAAGUUAUAAUGAAAUGUAUUGCACUUAAAUUUGCUGGUUAUUGGCAAUCACAUCAUAAUCGUUUUGAUUUAUUAGUUACUAUAUUUGGUAUUAUUUGGAUUAUAUUAAAUAUUGUUUCAAUGAACAAAAUUGAACUUCAAGAAUAUAGUUAUACAUUUGGAUUUACUGUUAUUAUACUUCGGUUUUUUACUAUUGCUGGAAAACAUGUAAGUACUCAAUGUGAUUCGAACCGGAGAAAGACCAUUGCGAUUUUUUUUUGAGAAUAGCAUUUCGUAAUAAUUUGUUUAAAAACGGCUGAAUAUUUUGAAAGUCUGUUAAAAUUGAUUUAACUUCGUUUGUCGAUACACCUGAACCGCCUGUAUUAGCCACAGAACUUAAAUUGGAUCUAAUAUUGAAAUAAUUUUUUUUAUUAAAGAGAAUACUGUGCAAAAAAAUUAAUAAAUAAAAUAUGUUAUAAAAUUGUUUCUUUCUCGGUAAAUAUGAAUACUUUUUUAGAACUUCUACGAAAAUUUUCAUGAAUCUAUCAAAGAAAAGAUGUGCGCUAAACGUUAAUAUAAGAAUAUCUCUUUUGCUUUUAUUCUGUUCAUUGACAUGUAUAUACAAUCAAUUGUUGUAAUUUGUACGAUUGUGUCAUAUCUUCUAAAGAUAUUUUAAUUGAAUUGUAUAUUUCAUAGAUCAAUUAGCAAGUCGAAAUUGAUUUAGUUUAAUAAAGAUUAUGUUCGUAUAAUUGCAUCAUUGAAUAUUAUUUUAUUGAAAACUGAAUUUUCAUAUUCUUGAAUGUCAAUGGUCAUCUAAUUUAUACGGUAAUAGUUAAAAUAUAGUCUACCCUAGUCGACUCUUCCCGAAGAGUUCCUCUAAAAUUUUCAUAAAUUUGAAUUUUUCAGAGAAUUCCAAUGAUGGCUUCUGGAGAGACUCUGAUAAUACUCAUCAAUUCCCUGGGGAGUCCCCGAAUUUCCUCUUAACUCCCCCAGGAACUCACGACAGGGAUUCCACCGGGAUUCUUCUAGGGAGUCUCGACUAGGGUAUUUAUGUAAAACUUUGCUUGUAUUAUGAAAGAUCCAGAUGCGAUUGAAAACUUAAUAACAAAAAAUAAAUAUUAAUGAAUAGAUGUACAUUUAUUUCCUCAUUGAUGAUCAAUUUCAUCAAAUGAAUAUGUUGAUUUUCUUUUGUUACUUUUGAACUGUAAAUUGAAAUCUGAGGAAAGAAUAUAAAUAAAGAGAAUCUACAUGUAUAACAUACAUAUCACCCUAACUGACGAAUUACAGGAAUUUCGGUCAAUCAUCCUUCAAAUGAACUCAUUGACUUUUGAAAGGAUCUAAUUUUUUAAAACUAGUUUUCAAAUAUUGUAG